GAUUGGCUGGUUGGAGACACCCUUGUUUUUGACUGGCGAAUGAAGCUGUCCGUUCGUUAGCUGGGUAUAUUUGGCUGAUAGCAUUAUCGGAUCAGUUUUAACCUGCAGCCCAACGGUACAGAUAUAACUUAUGCAUAGUGUGCGCUAUCCCCAGCGAGCAUUAACGGACGUUGUAGUUGGUUAAUAAGUUGAACUAACGUGAAAAGGAGGUAUUUCUGCAAAUUCUGGGUUCUCUAAAAGAAACAAUUCCAGCAAUGUCUUCAGACGAAGACAGGGCCAAGGAGAUUCUGAAAGGCUUCAAACUAAAUUGGAUGAAUCUUCGGGAUGCUGAGACGGGCAAAGUCCUUUGGCAGGGAACGGAGGACCUCUCUGUGCCAGGAGUAGAACAUGAAGCUCGUGUUCCGAAGAAGAUCCUAAAGUGUAAAGCGGUGUCCAGAGAACUGAACUUUUCUUCCUCUGAGAAACUGGAGAAGUUCAGACUGGAGCAGAAAGUUUUCUUCAAGGGGCAGUGUCUAGAAGAAUGGUUCUUUGAGUUUGGUUUUGUAAUCCCCAACUCCACCAACACAUGGCAAUCUCUGAUAGAGGCAGCUCCAGAGUCUCAGAUGAUGCCAGCUAACGUUUUAACUGGUAACGUGAUAAUUGAGACCAAGUUCUACGAUGAUGACCUUCACGUCAGUACUUCCAGGGUACGACUUUUCUACGUCUGACCUACGUUCCAAAAUGCUGACAUCUGCCAUGGUAUAAAUUACCAAGGUUAGCUACAUUUUGCAGCAGUAAACAGUUCUGACUUGGGAUCAGCAUGUUUGAGAGUAACUCAGCUGUGGUGUCACAGUCAUUGAAGUGAGCUUUUUGUUUGGUUGUUCUGUGUUGACUUGAACACUUCUUCUAGACCCUUGAAGAGGAUGAAGAAGAGAGAAAAUUCCACUGUCCACUGUUCAAGGAUCUCUCUCUGCAUUUACCCUUCCAGACUGUUACACUAUACUGUAAAUACAUGACUACUGAUCUCAAGUCAUUCAUGGAGCCACUCUGAAAUUACACGUUUUUUUUUGUUUUUUGUUUUGUUUUGUUUUUUGUUUUUUUUUUAAAUGAUGCCCGCUGUCACUCUAAGGUUGCAUUUACUCAGGAACCUAACAAAAGACAUUAUUAGAUCUUCUCUUUCUUUGACACUGCUCUCAAAGUCUCCUCCAUUUAAACAAAGCAAAUAAGUGUCGAGGGAAGAUGAUAUAUUCAAGAGGUCGUCAUCAUACACACAGUAAGAACUUUUAUUGAUUGUCGGUGCUUUGACUAAAUUUUGUUGGGCAACUCUACAAUAAUAUUAGUUAUAUUUAUAAAUACAUUACCAUAAACACUACUACAUAAUUCAAUUUAAAACAUUAUUUAUUUGUGUCCCAAUCUAGAGGUUACCUGCUGUGAAGUCCCAACAUCUGAAUGGAGUAUAUUAUAAGACUGUCACACUCCAAAGUGUCCAGCAGUUGUUUACAUUUGAGUGGCAGAGUUGUCAUGAUCUAUGUACUCUUUCUAAUACUCUACAUUCCCCUUUUACACAUCAGGUUUUGUAAACUUGUAGUCAUAAGUCAUACAUUUAUUCUGCUUGUUAUCACACAAAUAGACAUAAUACAGAUUUAUGUGGACAAAAUCAAACAACUUAACUCUUAAAAUUUCACUUUUAUGAGUUGACUGUUAACAGUGGUCUCUGUGAGGCCAAGUAUUGAACUGCUAAGGAAAUUGUAGCCCUCUAAAGGACAGACAUUUCCAAGCGGCCUCUGAAGUGGGACACACAUUCCAACCAAAUCUUUUCUGUUUUAUGACUACAUAAACUAGUAUAGAGCAGUUUCAGUGUAGUGUAAUUUUUACUUUCUGCUACAAGAGCCACUAGUUUGACUGGAUUGCUUCUUGAAAAACAAACAUGAUUGAGGGACAGCCAUUAGCAAAAACAAAGCAUUUAUUACAUUGAUUUAUAUGCUGGUAUUUAAUUUUCAGGGGUACACUUACUUCAAAUAUUCAACUGUCAAAUAAAUUAUCAGCUUUAGAUUGCAAAAUGUAUAAAUUAUUCUCAGUAGUUAACUUAUUUACAGUUUUACCUAGGCUCAACACAGAUGUUAACAGCUGCUAAAGGUAUUUAUAAUGACUUUGCUCUGUUCCCCCUGGCUGAGUUUUUAUCUUUGAAUUCUCAUUAAUUGUCUUAGCUGCUAUCAGAGCUGUGUAGAGUUGUGUUUGAAUAUCACAGACGUUGUUGUAGAUUAAAAUCAAACAGUGUUGUAAUAACA